CAAUUUUCCCGGUUGCAAGGUCAAGUUCUACAUCCGCAGUCGCCUCCCCCUCUUCCCUCAACAAAGACAGGGUUUAAGUAAGCUCCACUGAAGUAGUUCUAUUUUGAGUCUAUUUUUUGACGUGGAGUUUAUGUGAAACUUUAGCAGUUUUAGCCGAACAGCCGACUACAGCUUACACUGGGGAGUAAUUGAGUGGGCAACUGGGUGGCACCCACGCAGUGAGAACUACACUUCCCAGGAGGCAGUGCGGCAAGCGGGGCGAUCUGCAGCAAUGCCUGUAGGACCCCAGGGCUGCCCGGCGCGGUGGCCGCAGGACCCCAGUGGCUACCCAUGCCGAGGUGAGUCCGCAAGAGUCGCUGCUGUCGCUGUCCGUGUUCCCGUCCCAUCCCGGUCCCAUUCCUGCCGCCGCCCCGUGCGGCUCCCCCGCCGGCCAGGAUGCUGGAGGAAGCGGGCGAGGUGCUGGAGAACAUGCUGAAAGCGUCGUGCCUGCCACUCGGCUUCAUCGUCUUCCUGCCUGCGGUGUUGCUGCUGGUGGCGCCGCCGCUGCCCGCUGCCGAUGCGGCGCACGAGUUCACGGUCUACCGCAUGCAGCAGUACGACCUGCAGGGGCAGCCCUACGGCACACGGAACGCAGUGCUUAACACGGAGGCGCGCACCAUCGACGCGGACGUGCUGAGCCGCCGCUGCGUGCUCAUGCGGCUGCUGGACUUCUCCUACGAGCAGUACCAGAAGGCCCUGCGGCAGUCGGCCGGUGCCGUGGUCAUCAUCCUGCCGAGGGCCAUGGCCGCCGUGCCCCAGGACGUCAUCCGGCAAUUCAUGGAGAUUGAGCCCGAGAUGCUGGCCAUGGAGACCAUCGUUCCCGUGUACUUCGCUGUGGAAGACGAGGCCCUGCUCUCCAUCUAUGAGCAGACUCAGGCUGCCUCCGCCUCCCAGGGCUCUGCCUCUGCUGCCGAAGUGCUGCUCCACACUGCCACUGCCAACGGCUUCCAGAUGGUCACCAGCGGGGUCCAGAGCAAGGCCGUGAGUGACUGGCUCAUCACCAGUGUGGAGGGGCGGCUGACGGGCCUGGGCGGAGAGGACCUGCCCACCAUCGUCAUUGUGGCGCACUAUGAUGCCUUCGGAGUGGCCCCUUGGCUGUCGCAUGGCGCAGACUCCAACGGGAGUGGCAUCUCCGUGCUGCUGGAGCUCGCACGCCUCUUCUCUAGGCUGUACACCUACAAGCGCACCCAUGCGGCGUAUAAUCUCCUGUUCUUCGCCUCUGGAGGGGGCAAAUUUAAUUAUCAGGGGACAAAGCGCUGGUUAGAAGACAACCUGGACCACACAGAUUCCAGCCUGCUCCAGGACAACGUGGCUUUCGUCCUCUGCCUGGACACCCUGGGCCGGGGGAACAGCCUCCACCUGCAUGUGUCCAAGCCGCCCAGGGAGGGGACACUGCAACAUGCCUUCCUGCGGGAACUGGAGAUGGUGGCCACUCACCAGUUCCCGGAGGUGCGCUUCUCCAUGGUGCACAAGAAGAUCAACCUGGCGGAGGACAUCCUGGCGUGGGAGCACGAGCGCUUCGCCAUCCGCCGGCUGCCUGCCUUCACCCUGUCCCACCUGGAGAGCCACCGGGAUGGCCAGCGCAGCAGCAUCAUGGACGUGCGGUCCCGGGUUGACUCGAAAACCCUGACCCGCAACACGAGGCUCAUCGCGGAGGCCCUGACGCGAGUCAUCUACAACCUGACAGAGAAGGGGACCCCCCUGGACAUGCCCGUCUUCGCAGAGCAGAUGCAGAUCCAGCAGGAGCAGCUGGACUCCGUGAUGGACUGGCUCACCAACCAGCCCCGGGCCGCCCAGCUGGUGGAUAAGGACGGCACGUUCCUCAGCACACUGGAGCACUACCUGAGCCGCUACCUGAAGGAGGUGAAGCAGCACCACAUCAAGGCUGACAAACGGGACCCCGAGUUUGUCUUCUACGACCAGCUGAAGCAGGUGAUGAAUGCUUACAGGGUCAAACCAGCCAUUUUUGACCUCCUCCUGGCAGUCUGCAUUGGCGCCUACCUCGGCAUGGCCUACACGGCAGUCCAGCACUUCGACCUCCUGUACAAAACAGUUCAGAGACUGCUCCUGAAGGCCAAGACACAGUGACAAGCACCGCCGGCCCCCCGCCGCCAUCCUCACCACCCUCGGUCUGCAGGGGCUUGCCGAGACCCCGAAUUACAGAGCUUUUCUGUGUUGCUCUUGAAGAUUUGGGGGAUUCUUUCUCAUUUUUGUCCUUCGAACUCCUUGGAGGAGCAUUCACUGGAACUCUGGGGCCAAGCCACGGACUUGGGAACAAGUCGUGGCCGAGCCUGUGGCCCGGGAGGUGGCCCCGCAGCCCACAGGGCACUAAGCUACGCUGCAGCAGGAAAGUUGUCCGGCACAGCCUCGGGGCCGCUCCUGCGCGGGAUGCUGGCCACAGCCAGCACUGGCCCUGCGUCUGUCCUCCGAGCUGUCUCCGCCCCCCCGGUGACGCGGACACUCUCCUCAUGCCUGUCUGAAGAGGGCGGCACCAGCCUCUGGGUCCCCAGGUUGUGGCUCCUCCCCGGGCCAGGGCUGAGGGACAUGCCUCCCCUGAACCACACUGGUGCCCCGAAGACCCAGCGACGUGGACAUGCCUCCCCUGAACCACACUGGUGCCCCGAAGACCCAGCGAUGUGGCGCUGCCCCCACUCUGGCGCCGCCCUGUCUGGCCCUGCACCCAUCCCCUCACUGGAGCUUCCAGCCUCUGCUCCCUGUCACUGUGCCCUGGGGAGAGUGGCAUCUCCCUGAGCUGGCUUCUCUGUUGGAGCCUGGGCUCCCAAGCCCUGGCUGUCAAGGGGGACACGGGUGUCUGGGGAGGCCCCAGGGCCAGAGGCAGCCCCGGAGGAGGCCCUGGAGGAGAGGCCCCGGGCUGGAGGCCCACUGGUCCUUCUGCUAACUCACUCCUUAGCCCAUCCCUGGGGCCUGUUUUCUCAUCUGUUAGAAGGAAGGUGUGUCCUGGGCAAGCAACACCCAUGUGGGGGUGGUGUACCAGACAGUGCUGGCUGGAGACGAUGCAACUGUGGGACCCAGAGGGGAAGGCGUGGGCUUCGUGGGAGCUUGUGCCCGAGCCCUCACUCCACAAACCAGGUGCCUCAUGGGGUGGGAGCUGCUCUCGUGGUGGGGAGGAGGCCUCAGCACCAGGUGGACCUCAGGGAAGUGCAGGUGUACCGAUUCGUGAGCAAUAUAAUCAAUCAAGCGUUACGUGCUACAGGGAGGGUCAGGGCUGGGGAGAGGGGGCUCUGGGCGCUCCAGGGAGGCCUGAAGUAGCCUAAAGGGGCUGGAGGCCUGGCCCUCCCACCCCUCCCCUGGCCUGCCGCUGCCCCUUCCCCACAGCCCACCAGCAGGAGGGCCUGGGCUCCGCUGGGGACUCUUGUCUCUGCCCCUGACUCCACCUUGGCCGGCCAGCCCUCCCCUCCCUGAGCAUGAGCAGCCUUCCAGGCUCCGGGUGUUGGCUGAGCCUGGCCCAUGGGAAGGCCAGCACGGGGGCCACAGGUUCUGCCUCGUUCAACCUCGUCUGGCGGGCCAACUUCCCCAGAGACUGGUGGCUGGAUGCCCAGCCACCUCUGGGGGCUCAUCCUUCCCCUUGUGACAGCGAUGGGUGCACCAUCUGGGGUUGCCCGACGGGGGUCCUCCUGCAGGGCAGCUGACUGUUCAGAGCUCAGGCCGGUUGUGGGAUGCAGUCCGACGGUCAGAAAAUAAAGCCAUAUCGAACAAUC